AUGUCUACUUCGGUGCAAUCACCGUACCUUCCUGCUACCACUGAGUCGAUAUCAAAGGCUCAGGAAGCCAAGGAUGCGUCUGAGUCCAUCUCAAUCCUCUACCGUGUGCUCGAAGACCCAUCUUCUUCAGCGGAUGCACUGAGAGUAAAAGAGCUUGCCAUUACAAAUCUGACAAACUACCUCACAAAAGAAAACAGAGCUGAGGAUCUCAGGAAUCUUUUGACCCAGCUCAGGCCCUUUUUUGCUGUGAUCCCGAAGGCAAAGACUGCGAAGAUUGUGCGUGGCAUCAUUGAUGCUGUUGCCAAGAUACCUGGAACUUCUGAGCUUCAGAUCUCACUCUGCAAGGAGAUGGUGGAAUGGACCCGUACAGAGAAGCGUACCUUCCUCAGGCAGCGUGUGGAAGCAAGGCUGGCAGCCCUUCUGUUAGAGAAUCAGGAUUAUACCGAGGCCCUUACGCUCCUUUCUGGUCUCAUCAAGGAAGUCAGGAGGCUGGACGACAAGUUGCUUCUUGUGGACAUUGACCUUCUGGAGAGCAAACUCCAUUUCUCUCUGAGAAAUCUGCCAAAGGCCAAAGCUUCUCUGACUGCUGCUAGAACUGCAGCCAAUGCCAUUUAU